AUGGAGCACACGCACGCCCACCUCGCAGCCAACAGCUCGCAGUCCUGGUCCCCCGGCUCGGCCUGCGGCUUGGGCUUCGUGCCCGUGGUCUACUACAGCCUCUUGCUGUGCCUCGGUUUACCAGCAAAUAUCCUAACCGUGAUCAUCCUCUCUCAGCUGGUGGCUAGGAGACAGAAGUCUUCGUACAACUAUCUUUUGGCACUUGCUGCUGCUGACAUCUUGGUCCUCUUUUUCAUUGUGUUCGUGGACUUCCUAUUGGAAGAUUUCAUCUUGAACAUGCAGAUGCCUCAGGUACCCGACAAGAUCAUAGAAGUGCUGGAAUUCUCAUCCAUCCACACUUCCAUUUGGAUUACUGUUCCAUUAACUAUUGACCGGUAUAUCGCAGUAUGCCACCCGCUCAAGUACCACACGGUCUCCUACCCAGCCCGCACCCGGAAAGUCAUCGUAAGUGUUUACGUCACCUGCUUCCUGACCAGCAUCCCCUAUUACUGGUGGCCCAACCUCUGGACUGAAGACUACGUCAGCACCUCUGUGCAUCAUGUCCUUAUCUGGAUUCACUGCUUCACUGUGUACUUGGUACCCUGUUCCAUCUUCUUCAUCUUGAACUCAAUCAUUGUGUACAAGCUCAGGAGGAAGAGCAAUUUUCGCCUCCGCGGCUACUCCACGGGCAAGACCACGGCCAUCUUGUUUACCAUCACCUCCAUCUUUGCCACGCUCUGGGCCCCACGCAUCAUCAUGAUCCUCUACCACCUUUAUGGGGCGCCCAUCCAGAACCCCUGGCUGGUGCACAUCAUGUCCGAUGUGGCCAACAUGCUGGCCCUUCUGAACACGGCCAUCAACUUCUUCCUCUACUGCUUCAUCAGCAAGCGGUUCCGCACCAUGGCGGCCGCUACUCUCAAGGCCUUCUUCAAGUGCCAGAAGCAACCCGUCCAGUUCUACACCAACCAUAACUUUUCCAUAACAAGUAGUCCCUGGAUCUCACCGGCCAACUCACACUGUAUCAAGAUGCUGGUGUACCAGUAUGACAAAAAUGGAAAACCUAUAAAAGUAUCCCCAUGA